AUGAAGGAAGAGGAGGAGGGAGAAGAGGAGGAGCAGGAGGAGGUGGAAGUGAUUGAGGUGGAAGAUAUGGAGGAGCAAGAGAUGAUGGAAGAGGCAGAGGAGCAGGAGGAGGAGGAAGAGCCAGAGGAGCAGGAAGAAGUAGAAGAGGUGGAGGUCCAGAAGGAGGUUGAAAUGGUAGAGGAACAAGUGGUGGAGGAAGGGGAUGAGGAUGAAGAAGAAGAGAAGGUGGAGGAGGAGGAGAAGUUGGAGGGGCCAGAAGAAGAGAAGGUGGAGGAGGAGGAGAAGUUGGAGGGGCCAGAAGAAGAGAAGGUGGAGGAGGAGGAGAAGUUGGAGGGGCCAGAAGAAGAGAAGGUGGAGGAGGAGGAGAAGUUGGAGGGGCCAGAAGAAGAGAAGUUGGAGGAGGAGGAGAAGUUGGAGGGGCCAGAUUCUAGUGUUCUGCAUGAUGCUCAGUGCAAUAGCAUGUCUUGCACCUUGUGGAGCAACAUAUAUGGAUCGAAUUUCCCACAAGAUGAGAAACCGCUCAUCUUUCCACCUCCAGUAGAGAGUGAAGACCUGGCCCCUGAGCCUUUUGGGGAUCAGGUUACUGAAUUGGUGCACACCCUGAUCUUUAAGCAUGGAGUUAGGGAGCCCAUCACUAAAGAGGAAAUGGUUGAGGUAAUCACCAAGGAGUACGAAGAGCUUCUCCCUACCAUCUUGGAGAAAGCAUCUUCAUGCUUGGAGGUGAUUUUUGGCAUUGAUGUAAAGAAAAUGGACAGCAACACCUAUGUCCUUGUCAACUCACUGGGCCUUACCUUUGAAGAUAAAUUGAAUGAUGACCAGGUGAUGCCUAGAAAUGGACUCCUGAUCAUGCUUCUUGGUGUGAUAUUCUUAGAAGAAAACUGUGCUCCUGAAGAGAAAGUAUGGGCGUUUCUGAAUAUGGUUGGAGUAUAUGCUGGGCAGGAGCACUUUAUCUAUGGGGAGCCUAAAAAGUUCAUCACCAUUGACUUGGUGCAGGAAAACUACGUAGAGUAUCGCCAGGUGCUCUACAGUGAUCCUCCACGCUUUGAAUUCCUGUGGGGGCCUAGAGCCUUGGCUGAAACCACCAAGACGAAGGUUCUAGAAUUUAUGGCCAAAGCGAAAGGCACUGAAAUGUUUUCCUUCUCUGAUUGGUAUGAAGAGAUGAUAGGAGAAGAUAAUUACAAUCUCAAGAAUGACCAUGCAGUUGGUAAUAGUCCUCUUUUUGUCACAGACCAUUUGGAAUCAAUACCACUUGAUUCAUAUGAAGAAGCUGAGUUUGAAUUUCCUCCAUUUGAUUUUGAAGCAGAGAGUUCAUAUUAUCAGUAA